AUGAUCACUAGUACGGUACUAUAUCAACCGUUGACGGCUCGUCUCUCUCUCAUCUCUUAUCAUGGAGCGGACUGUGCUUUGCUGGGUGCUAAUACGCUCACUCCCCCUCGUAGCAACGGAAAAGUGGUUGGCGACCGAGGAGCAACUGGAAGAAAUGUUUUAAAGGGAGUCAAGGCCUCUGCAAGUGACAGCUACCUCGUGCUUAUGACACGACUGAACAACCUCCGGUCUGGAGGGGCUGCGCCCUGCAUAACCCCCCUUUCGAAUUGCCUUGCCGGCAAGUUUAAGGAAGAAUAUGUAGGUGUUGGUUGGAAGAACAUCACGAGAACGAGGGGUGAUUGGCCGAAGCGUUACAGCUUCGCUUCCUCAAUAAUUGUGGGUCCAUUACCACAGGCGGAUAUUCGGGCAUUCAUUCUUUCCUAUACUCAUCAAUCAUCAGGCACCCAUAUGGUUGUGUCUCAUCCGAAAAAUGGUCAUGCACUUUGCGGGAAGGUGAAGAAGCGACCCUUAUAA